UCUCGUUACUAACGAGAUACCAAAAUCUCAAACAAUUGGAGUUGCUUCUUUCGAUUGUACGAAGACGAGAUUAUGACCCAUGUUCGAGAAAUCACAAACGUCUUCCAUUACAAGAACAAUGAAGCCAUAAACGCAUCGUUAAAGGUAACACUUGUGGUUUUCGUGGUUGCUUCGAUUUCCUUCGUUUCCCUCUCCGCCUUCCGCAGUCCGCCGUCGCGGUGGUCCGCCGCUCCCGGUUGCCUCCUCCCUCCUAUAACCCAAGUACCGGAUUCUUCUCCCGGGGUAUCAGAACCUCCUACCGGAAUCUCGCACCUGCUUUUUGGUAUUGGUGGGUCGGUUCGCAUGUGGAGGGACCGUCGGCACUACACGGAGCUUUGGUGGCAACCCAACCGAACACGUGGGUACGUUUGGUUAGACGAAGAACCCGACCCGGAACUCUUCUCCACUUGUAACUCUCCUCCAUACAAGGUCUCGGAAGCCUUGACCGGGUUGAAGAACGCCGGGUCCAGCCCAGCGGUUAGGAUAUCCCGGAUUGUGAUGGAGUCGUUCAAGCUCCGGUUACCGGAUGUUAGAUGGUUCGUGAUGGGGGACGAUGACACGGUGUUUUUUGCCGAUAAUUUAGUAUCGGUUUUAUCCAAGUACGACCACCGGCAGAUGUAUUACGUUGGGGGGAGUUCAGAGAGCGUGGAGCAGAACGUGAUGCACUCGUACGACAUGGCAUUUGGCGGUGGCGGAUUCGCCGUGAGUUACCCGUUGGCGGAGGAGCUGGCUCGGAUCUUUGACGGGUGUCUUGAUCGGUACCGUUACUUCUACGGGUCGGAUCAAAGGGUGUGGGCCUGUGUGACCGAAAUUGGCGUUACCCUCACUAAAGAACGUGGGUUCCACCAGUUGGAUGUUAGGGGAGAUGCUUAUGGUUUACUAGCAGCCCACCCGAUGACUCCAUUAGUGUCACUCCACCACCUUGACUACGUGAAGCCAUUGCUACCGAACCACACUAAGUACGAGUCAUUGAACACCCUCAUCCAGACCUACCGGCUCGACCCACCUCGAGCCAUGCAACAGUCGUUUUGCUACUACAACACGUGGUGGCACCGAUGGUCCAUAUCCGUCUCAUGGGGUUACACAGUUCAGAUAUACCCGUCCCUAUUGACCGCUCAGGAGCUAGAGAUGCCGUUGCAGACUUUCCUCACGUGGCGGAGCUUUAAGGACGGGCCGUUCACGUUCAAUACCCGACCUUUGAACGCCAACCCGUGUGAACUCCCUGCAAUUUACUACAUUAGCGAGGUUCAAGAUGCUGGAAACGACACGGUGACCACGUAUGUAAGAGAUGAAUCGGCCAAGAAAUGCAAAAAAGGAGAUUAUCCUCACACGAUUGACACGGUUGUAGUGUUGGCAUCGAAGAUGAACCCUAAUUAUUGGACGGAGGGGGCAAGGAGACAAUGCUGUGAGAUCAGGGGGUGGAAGUAUAAUAGUAUGCAAGUACGGGUUAGGAGUUGUAAAGAUGGCGAGACGAUCGCUAGUUAGAUAAAUGGUCAACAUGCAGUUUACAUUCCUCCGAUUGUUGGAAUGGUCAAAUCGUGUGACUUGCGCGAUAUAUUGUACCAGUUUUAAAUCAUUUCGACGGUCAGGGAGUAAAGCGAGUAUGAUUUGGUGACGGAUUCCGUUUCACUUGACGUUUUUGAAGUGUUAUUAAUGGCGUUGCUACGAUUGGGGUAAUUCAUGAAUGAUAUUAUUCCUACUUAUUGUAUUAAAUAUAUGUACAUAUGAGGUGAG